AUGUUAUUUUUUUCCUCUUUCUUGCGCUCGCUUUUUAUUCUCGCCCUCUCUUCUCUCUUUCUGUUGCGCUCUUUUCUCUCUCUUCCUCGCGCUCCCUCUCCCUUCCCUCUUUUCUCUCUCUUCCUCAGCCCUCUUCCUUCCUCUUUUCUCUUUUCCCUCCCUUUUCUCUCUCUUUUCCCCCUCCCUCUUUUUCUCUCUCUUUUCCCCUCCCUCUUUUUCUCUCUCUUUUCCCCCCUCCCUCUUUUCUCUCUCCCUCCCUCUUUUCUCUCUCUUUUCCCCCUCCCUCUUUUCUCUCUUUUUUCCCCUCCCUCUUUUCUCUCUCUUUUUCCCCCCCUCCUCUCUCUUUCCCCCUCCUCUUUUUCUCUCUUUUUCCCCCUCCUCUUUUCUCUCUCUUUUCCCCCCCUCCUCUUUUCUCUCUCUUUUCCCCCCUCCCUCUUUUCUCUCUCUUUCCCCCCUCCCCUUUCUCCCCCCCCCCCCCUGUCCCCCAAUAAAGCCACUAAGAUGCAAAAAGGUUGGUGGGAGUGA